GAACAAACACUGACACAGACAUAUCACACGGUGUUUGAUAUUGUUAGGGGCCAACAUGAUUUGAGGACUUAUUUGGCUGCCAUCAGCCGGAUUGGUGAUGUCACCUACAAAUGUUUGUCAUCUAUUUUGGAUCACCGUAGACUUAUGCAAUCACCA